AUGAGGGGACACCCGGCGUCUGAAUCCUCUGGGAAGCCCUGGAAGCGGGCUGAGUGUAGGGAGGCGGACCAGCCUGGAAAUGUUGAACACCCCGGAGCUGAGCCUCAGCAGGAGGGGGAGUCCUCUGGAUCAUCCUCAUCAUCUCUGACCUCAGAGGACAAGGUGGAGGCUGACAAGUCGAAUGAGGCUGAGGCGACAGUGGACGAUGCUGAGGCGACAGUGGAUGAUGCUGAGGCGACAGUGGACGAUGCUGAAGAGAGCCCCAGAGAAAGCCCAGAACACAAAAAUGAGUCCCCCCCUCAUAAUCCAGAAGCCGUAAAGAUCCAGGCCUGGUGGCGGGGCACCCUGGUGCGCCGGACGCUGCUGCACGCGGCGGUCAGCGUGACCGUCAUUCAGCACUGGUGGAGGCGGGAGCUGGCCACGCGGCUGGAGCAGAGGCGGCAGAAGGCGCUGGAGACCUUUGCCCAGAAGGAGAGGGCGGCGGUCAGGCUGCAGUCCUGGGUCCGCAUGUGGCGCAUCCGCCUGCGCUACUGCCGCCUGCUGCACGCGGCCCGCGUCAUCCAGGCCCACUGGAGGUGCCACACCUGCGCGUCCCGGGGCUUCAUUAACGGUCACUACAGAGUCAUGGCCAACCAGCUGCAUCUCGAGCUAGAGAUCGUGCUGGGCUCAGAGCCUUGCUUUGUGUCAGAGUGUAUUCCCCUCCCAGUAAAGCAGUGA